CCAUCCACAACAAUGUGAAAAUCCAAGAUGGCGGCGUCUUUUACCGGUCUGAGUGAAGUAAUUUCCAAUUUAUGGUGAAUUGCAACUGUCAGACUUUUGCUAAACACGAUGAGAGCGCGAUUUAGAGCGUGGAGAUGUUUUGGAAACGUAAUACUUACAAUUCAAAAGAGAUCAGCCCACAACACAGCCAGAAAAGUAGCAAUUGUGGGAUCGGGAAACUGGGGUACAACUAUAGCAAGAGUGAUAGGUAGUAACGUUGCAAGAAAACCUGACAUGUUUCACAGAGAGGUACAAAUGUACGUGUUCGACUCGGUGCUGGAUGACGGUCGAAGAUUGACAGAUGUGAUCAACACCGAUCAUGUCAACGUGAAGAACCUUCCCGGACAUGUUAUACCUCCAAAUGUGGUAGCAAAUCCAGAUUUACAAGACUCAGUUAAAGAUGCAGAUAUUUUGGUGUUUAACCUUCCGCCAAUGUUUCUAGAGGAAACUUGUGCACAGAUAAAAGGGAAAAUUAAAGAAAAUGUCUUGGCUAUUUCCAUGAUUAAGGGUCUUGAUCAUAGUAAAAAGGGACUACACCUUAUUUCUUCACAAAUCAAAGAAAUAUUGGAAAUCCCUGAUAUCAGUGUGAUGAUGGGAGCCAACAUUGCUGAAGAAGUGGCCAAUGAAAUGUUUUCAGAGUCUACCAUAGGAUCAAAAUCCUUCGAAAGUGGCAGGAUUUUCAAAGAACUACUCAGCAAACCCUACUUCAAGAUUAAUGUUGUGAAAGAUGUAGAAGCAGUGGAAUUUUGUGGUGCUUUUAAGAACUGUAUCGCAUUGGGUGCUGGAAUUAUCGAUGGACUUGGAUAUCAGAACAAUACCAAAGCUGCAGUAAUAAGAAUUGGUCUUGAAGAAGCCUACGAAUUUUCGCGCGUCUUUCUUCCAGGAUCCAAGAUGGCCACGUUCUUCGAGUCGUGUGGUAUCGCUGACUUUAUCGUCACGUGUUACGGCGGAAAGCAUCGGUUGGUGGGGGAAGCGUUCGUAAAAACCGGAAAGAAUUAAAUGAUUUGGAAGCGGUAGUCCCUGAACUUCGCCACCGUAAGCUUCCAGGCCCUGACACACUUGAGGCUGUUUAUGAACUGAUCGAAGCAAAAAAUCUGGAAAAUAAGUUUCCACUGAUCACCUCUUUAUAUCGCGUAUUCUUCAAAGAAGGUUCAGCRAAUGAUAUCAUCACCGUUUUACAGAGUCAYGAAGAAUUCCCAGAAAUAAUGAAAUAACACCGCAAAAUCGUAUUAAAUAAAUACAAGAUGGCGGUCGUGUUGGCAUACUCUACUGUAUCGCGUUGUUUAUCAAAUACAAAACAGCUAUCUUUGAUAUUCGCUGAAACUGUAGAAAGACUUUGAAAAGAUCUUCAUGAUGUUGUUUUGAACAUCUAGAGAAUUUUUUCACCAGCAUAUAGACUUCAGUUCUUAUGCAUCCUUCAAUUCAGAAAAAGAGAUAAAAAGAUGUCAAGUGUCAUAUAGUUUAAGACAAUUGAUAUUUAUGCCUUGUUUUUUCUUUCAACUAUACCGAAUCAAUUCGUACACACAUCGACUUCAUAUCUGAUGUUGACCAAAUGUGCACUGUGGCCUAAAAAGGCGCCAGAGUGGAGAUCAGUGUUUCUCCAGAGACAAAAUGUUAUGAAAAAUACAUAGUAUUUUUAGGGUAUAGUUUUAUUAAACGUGUGUCGAUGUUGAAGAAAAUAUAUAAUCAAAUUGACCAAACUUGUAAGAGUGUUCAAUUUUUUAUACAUAACAGAAUGUCAUCAAAUAGUGGUAGUCAGUUAAUUGAAAAUUCCAGUAAACUGGAAUCAGCGAAAAAACA